AUAGUUGAUUGUAUUUCUCCAUGCAGGUUAAAGUCAUGAAGUUCCAGGAUGAGCUGGAGUCUGGGAAAAGACCUAAGAAGCCCGGUCAGAGUAUUCAGGAGCAGGUGGAACAUUAUAGGGACAAACUACUACAAAAGGAAAAAGAAAAAGAAAAACUGGAGCGGGAAAAAGAGAAGGAAAAGAAAGAGAAGGAAAAAGCUGAGGCACGGUUGAAAGAGUUAAAGAAGGAAAAAGAGAAGGAGGACACACCAACCAGAAAGGAGAGAUAUUUGUCCCCUCCGGUUGAUAGGAAGCGUCGUCACAGUGGAUCACCGAGCCCAACGCGGAGCAGCAGCAGACGAGGCCGGUCGUCCUCACCUCGUUCAGAGCGGUCCGAAAGAUCAGAGCGCUCCGACCGAUCAUACUCUAAAGACACAUCCUCACGUUCUUCUCAUAAAGACUCUCCUCGAUCCAGCAACAGAAAGUCAUCCAAGAGAUCACCGUCAUCACCUCGCACACCCAAACGAUCCAGGAGAUCGCGCUCCAGGACACCCAAGAAAUCAGCUAAGAAAUCCCGCUCCAAAUCAAGGUCUCCACAUCGAUCUCACAAAAAGUCAAAGAAGAGUAAACACUGACAACUUUUUUUUUUUCUUUUCUUCCCCAACUCCUCCCUCCUAUUCUCUGCGCCAUGUGUAUAAAAAUUGACUGAUUUGGCAGCUGAAGAUUUCUGCCCUGAUGUUAAAGUGAGGACAAUGAAGUGUGGAGGGUUUUGCAUGGGUUUCCAUCUGGUGUACCAGAUAGAUGGCGCCACUGCUGUUUUAUAUUGUAAAAAAAUAAAUAACGUGCUUGUGUUUCCUGAUUCCCAUCACCUCCAAAUGGAAUUCAUCCAUGUGGUAGACCACACCUGUAAAGAGUGUGACGACAAUAGUCUUAUUCAUGCUGUCAUUUUCUGUUUUUGUAGUUCACAUUAAAAAUAAUUCCUAAUAAA